CUAGGUGGGCUCUCUGAGUCAUUUGACGCACUCGUCGUUUCAAGCACAUGUGAAUGGUGAACUUAGGCAUGAAUUUUAAUGUAACUGGACUGAGAUCCUGUUAGCAACUUGGGUGAUGGACGAGCCUGAGAACGGAGACGAGGAUGGCCCGUCGGUCCCUAGGGUGGGCUACGAGUACCUGGACCACACGGCUGAUGUGCAAAUCCACGCUUGGGGCACCUCUCUCCGCCAAGCCUUUGAGCAAUCGGCCUUGGCCAUGUUCGGCUACAUGACCGAACUGGACACGAUUGAGGAGCAAAUGACGCACUCCAUCGAGACAUCCGGCCAUGACCUGGAGAGUGCCCUCUACAAUUUCUUGGACGAGUGGCUUUUCCACUUUUGUGCUGAACCCAAUUUCAUUCCAUUCCGCAUCGAGAUCACGGAUUGGCGGGAAGAUCCUCAGGAUGGGAGUUUCCAUAUUGAGGCUUUGGGCUUGGGGGAAGUGUUCGAUUUAAAUAAACACCCCCAGGGCACCGAAGUCAAGGCCAUCACCUACUCGGCCAUGCAGAUCAAUCAACGGACAGAUUACGUGGAAACUUUUGUGAUCAUUGAUAUCUAAUGCCACGUUCUAUGCCAUUACCAAGAUAACUCAAAUCCAGCCUGUCCCGCGAAAAAGACUCGGCUGUAAUCCAUUCAUAUUCUCUCUUUUUUAG